AUGUCGACAACUCCUACCCUCUGCGGCCGUCUUGGCGAUUCAAAUAUGACAGUCCAGGACGAUCCUCGCACACUGCCCGUUCUAGCCAAACUUCUCAGAGACCUACAACUCGGCGGUCACAAUCAUACUCCUCUUCAGGAUACUUCGGAUAUCCCAGCCUUGGAACCCAGUAUCCGGAAAGUCCACGAGGGGUUCUCCGCUCUCUAUGAGAACUUGCCCAACGAGCUGCCCGAAGACCAAGACGAAGCACCCAUCGAACCAUCCGAAAUCAUGGUCGAAAAUCCCGAUGGACACAAGAUCAAGGUGUACGUCUUUCGACCGAAAAGCUUCGGAAACGAGCCUCUGCCCGCGAUCUGUUACAUCCAUGGCGGAGGAAUGACGGUCCUGGACACGGCGAACAAGUGCCAUUUCCGUUGGUGUAAAUCGCUCGCGUUGCAAGGAACGGCGGUCUUUGCGAUCGAUUUCCGGAAUGCCUGGGGUUCGAAUGGAGAACAUCGACCUUUCCCGACGGGUUUGAACGAUUGCGCCGCCGCGGUCAGAUACGUCGCCGCUCACAAAGCCGAGCUGGGAAUCAGCAGGGUCGUCGUGCAGGGCGAAAGCGGCGGCGGGAACCUGACGCUCGCUACAGCCUUGAAAGCGAAUCAGGAGGGUUGGAUCGAUGCCAUUGAUGGAGUGUAUGCGUGUGUGCCGGUCACGGAUAGAGAAGCGCGCGGCCGGUCCCGAGAGGAGAAACUCCAGGCCUUCCCAAGCCUGGUCGAAUGCGAAGGGUAUCUGCUGAACCUUUCUGGCAUGGUGGAGCAAGCGGCCUGGUACACCCCGAACGAAAGCGACCAGAAGAGCCCCUUGGCAUGGCCGGACCGCGCCACGGAGAAGGAUCUGCAAGGUCUCCCACCACACAUCAUCAGUGUUGAUGAACUCGAUCCGCUCCGCGAUGAAGGCAUCGCCUACUUCCGUAAGUUAGCAGCAGCCGGGGUGCAAGCCACCGCAGAGGUGAAUCUGGGCAUCACCCACGGCGCCAGCCUCAUUUUCCGCCAAGCGCUUCCCGAAGUACACCGAAAGGCCAUUCGCCAGAUCGUCGCAUUUGCAAAGAGGCUCUGA